AGUUUGGGUGAUUUAUCUGAUUUAAAAUGAGUUUAGCUGAGUUUAGUGAUCUAAUAUGAGUUUCGGUGAUUUAUCUGAUUUAAAAUGAGUUCAGCUGAGUUUGGUGAUUUAUUUUGAGUUUCAUCUGAGUUGAAUCAGUAGUUUCCCCCUUGGAUUCGGCUAUACUCACAUUGAAUAGUCUUCAACAAUACGGUGAUGGUUGUGGUGCAGGUGAAUGUUUUCGAAAGUUUUAUUCUGACGCGGAGCGUGCCAUCGUCUUGUCAACAGGAUAGUACAACGGAGGAUCAUGAUGUGGAAAAAUGGCUACCAUUUGUGGCAAUGAUAAGACGACAACAGCACAAGUCGUUGACGAAUACGAUUCAAUCAAUGUAUGGGAUGCAGUAUAUGCAGGCCAACCUCCAUGUCGUAACAAUAUUGUCGACGGAUCUCUAGUUGUCUGACAAGCACUAAGUCGAUACCAGAGCGAUUCACAAUAUGCACAGAUAACCAUUUCAUGGAGUGACUAAUUUUUAUUGAUUAAAAAGCUUGUUAUUGUACGUAUGUACAAUACGUAAAAUGAAGAAAAAGUGUCACACUUCAUAUUUGUUUUCCAACGUAAUCUAUCGGUAUAAAAAUGAUCUUUCUUUUUUAUUCUUCGAUACCUAAGAAAAGAAAAUUUUCUAUUUGUACUGGCGCUUGUUACAAGCAUGUUGUUCACAUACCUUCACAUCGCUUCAGCUGUUCCUAUCCGUUUUCUCUCUAUUCGUCUUUGACAUUCUCUGCUUCUCUUUCUGUUCUGCUUUCAUUCCCUUUGUUCACAUUCUUUGAUUCUUUUUUUGUUUUCUCAUCAUUCGAAAUAAUAUCGAACUAAAAGAAAGAAGCAAGAGGGGACCUCAGAUAUUUGGUGCCGUCAUCCGUCUUCAGAUAAUUAUUAUUACUUUCACGUAUUUUACAACGUCGUUUUACAACUAUCGCUGUUUAUCGUAUUCACUUCGAUUUAUUGUGUUUUCGUAAUACUAUACCUUGUUUUUCAUUAUUUUUCAAAAACGAGUUCUAAUCAACAUAGUAGGCAGUUACCAAGUAACACCACACCUGAUGGCCUAUUACCACAUGAUAUAAUUACAUACGGUCGUGUUCGACGUCCACCUCAUACAAUCAAUCACACUAAUUCUGUACGUACUGUUACACCUGGUGCAGUUUCUCAACGACUUACUUUGUCAAAUACCAUGGAGUCUGGUUGUUUUCUAACUGUUAUUCAAACUACAGCCAUCAAGGAAUUACCUAAAUUUACUGGUGAACUCACCCAAAAAAUUCCUCAAUUUAUUCAUGCUAUUGAACAAAUCAGAAAUUUUACUGAAUUGAAUGAUUCUUUAUUGCAUUCGAUUGCUACUAUCAAACUCGGUGCUGCAGCAUUCAAUUGGUACGAUAAUAAUAAACAAACACUACGCACGUGGCCUGAUUUAAAACAACAUCUAUUAGAACGAUUUACACCGUCUUUAUCUGCAGCGAAAAUUCAAUUAAAAGAGCGUAAGCAACAACCAGGAGAAACAUUAUUAGCUUAUUACGAUGAUGUUAUUGAUUUAUGUAAGCAAGUUGAUAGUAAUAUGCCAUUACACAUGAUUGUAGAUCACUUACAAGAUGGAAUUCGUAACGAAUUAAAAGUGCAUGUCAAACGUCAACUCAAAAACAAAUGUACGAUUGCUACCGAUAGUAUCGUUUAUCUUGAACAUGCCAUUCGCAAUAAUGAACUUCGUCCGAUUAAUGAUUAUAUACGUGGUUUACUACAAACACCUCCACCAAAAGCAUCAAAGGAAAUCUUUUGUUUUUUAAAAGCUGCUGAGUACUAUCGUAAAUUUAUUCCAAAUUUUUCAACAAUUGCCGCACCAUUGUAUAAAUAUAACCCAUCUACUACACGUACUACUGCUGUACGAUCGAAAAAAUUUUAUUUUUCGUCUGUUGAAGAAUUUGCUUUCGAACAAUUAAAGCAAAUUCUUACGACUGAUGUAGUUCUCCGGCUUCCUAACAACCAGCUUCUUUUCAAAGUACAAACGGAUGCUUCUCAUCAAGGUAUUGGAGCUGUUUUACUUCAGGCAUAUCCGGAAGGUGAUCGACCUGUCUGUUAUAUGUCAAAGAAAUUUACACCGACUCAGCAACGUUGGCCGCCAAUUGAACAGGAACGCUAUGCGAUCGUGAAGGCUAUUGAGCAAUGGGACCAUUAUCUGCACGGUAAUCGUUUUGUUUUGGAAUCAGAUCAUAAACCAUUAGAAGCACUCGCACAGAAAAUUCAAUUGAAUGAUAAAUGUGAACGUUGGCGUUUGAAAUUGCAAACCUAUGAUAUUACAGUCAAACACAUUAAAGGUUCAUUCAAUAGUAUGCCAGACUAUUUAUCUCAAUCACCCGUCGAUGAACCUGAAGAAGAUAGUGAUGGGCGUGGGUGUGGGGUGUGGGUGUGA